AUACAGACCUUCUUUCAGCGUUGAGGCUGUUUCUGGUUCAUAUUUGUGACGAAGCGGCGACAGAAACCGUUGGUAUCUGUCGAGGGAGGCGUGUGCCUCUGCAUCCCCUUAUGUGGAAGGCGGAAGUGGCGCACCUGUGAGCUGACGUCACAUACCGACGAUACCUGCAGCACGUCGUUUGCCCAACUCGCUCAGUUUGAAAACUUCCUCGACGAAGAAACUGCGGCCAGCGCGAACACCUGCCGAGGAAUAGACGACUUCACCUGGUUGUCCGCAUCUCAAGGAGUACUUUUGGGGAUUUCCGGGCAGAUGAGGGCCGCCACGUUCGCGGUGUGGGGAACUUUGUUCGUCGUUCUCCAGGCUUUGGCUGUAGUUUCUGCUGAGGAGCAAUCAUGUGUGCCGGGAUUUCAGUCAGACAUGGUUUUCACAGCGAGCAGAAAGCACCUCACCAGGGGAACAGUACUGGGCAAAGUGGACUUCACAGACUGCUCAGAUCGCACGAGAUUUCGUUUCAGAAGUGAAGAUACACGUUUCAUGGUACAAACUGAUGGUGUCUUGAAGGUAAAGAGACAGGUUUCUCUUCAUGAAGGACACCAUGACUUUUUGGUUCACACCUGGGACUCUCAAGGGCGCAAGAUGACCAUUCCUGUCAGGGUAGUGCAUCGUGGCAACCAUCACCAAAAUCCUGAGCUUCAUCCAGAGAGUACAGGUGAUGCUGAGGUGCCUGUUCUGCAUUUCCCAAAAUCUAACGGAGGAUUAAGGAGGAGAAAGAGAGACUGGGUUAUUCCUGACAUUAAUGUUGCGGAGAAUGACAGAGGUCCUUACCCGGUCAAAGUAUCUCAAAUUAGGUCCAAUGAAGACAAAAUAAAGAAAAUCUUUUAUAGCAUCACUGGUCCAGGAGCUGAUCAGCCUCCUGUUGGACUUUUUACCAUGGAUAGAGAUACUGGUAAUCUUUAUCUCACACAACCUCUGGACAGGGAAAAGCAGCCCAAGUACUUGUUUCAAGCGUACGCUGUGGCAGAUGGUGCUGGAAAUGCUGAGGAGCCUAUGGAAAUUAUUGUCAAUGUAAUUGACCAGAAUGACAACAAACCUAUUUUUACAAAGGAUACCUUCUUGGGAGAAGUGGCUGAGGCAUCCCCCAAAGGUUUUGAGGUCAUAAAAGUGAAUGCCACAGAUCUGGAUCAGGAAAACCAUGACAACUCUGAUCUCCGUUACCAUAUUAUGAGCCAAGAUCCACAGUUGCCCACACCAAAUCUUUUUGUCAUCAAUCCAGUCACUGGAGUCAUCAGAAUCAAUGCUGGUGGCUUAGACCGAGAGAAAUAUCCAAAGUACACAUUGGUAGUACAGGCAGCUGACAUGGUGGGUGAAGGGUUGACUGGAGAGGCAAAAGUAAUUCUCACUGUGACGGAUAGCAAUGACAAUGCACCAGCAUUCACCCAGAGCUCGUAUUCUGCAAGCGUGGAAGAAAAUAGAGUGGACUUUAUAGUCCUAAGGAUGACAGUAACAGAUGGUGAUGAGCCACAUUCUCCAGCCUGGAAUGCAAAGUUCAAGAUUGUUGAUGGUGAUUAUGGAAAAUCUUUCACUGUUGAAACUGGAAGCAACAAGAAUGAAGGAAUCAUCACUACUGUCAAGGGUCUGGACUUUGAAAAGAGUAGCAAGCAUACGUUGUUGGUUGCAGUGGAGAAUGAAGUUCCUUUUGCUACUCCAAUGCCCACCGCCACCGCAACCGUGAUCAUAAAUGUGGUUGACGUUAACGAAGCCCCAGUCUUUGAUCCAGUGGAGAAACUUGUGUCUAAGCGGGAAGACCUUCUUGUUGACACUGAUGUGGUGCAGUACACUGCUUCGGACCCAGACAUUGCACGGAAACAGAAAGUCAUGUAUAAAAUUUUUAGUGACCCAGCAGGCUGGUUGAAUGUGGCCAAAGAUACGGGCCUGAUCACAGUGAAGAAUGCCAUGGACAGAGAGUCCAUCUUUGUCAAGGACAACAAAUACACAGCACUCAUUAGUGCAUAUGACGAUGAUGAAGUUCCAGCGACAGGAACAGGCACAUUGGUGAUCCUCCUGGAAGAUGUUAAUGACAAUGCACCCACAAUUGAGGAGCGUGCAUUUAUGGUGUGCAACAAAGAAUCUACUCCUCAGUUGCUGUCGGUGACCGAUAAAGAUGGACCUGGCUUUGCUGCUCCUUACAGAGUCGCGUUAGAGGGCAUGUCAAAGACCAAUUGGACUGCGAGAAUGAACGACUCCAAAACGGGCAUUAUCUUGAACUUGGCCAAGGAGCUGCCAAAUGGAGAGUACACUGUGGUUCUCCGGGUGGCGGACAACCAAGGUUUAGAGCAAGACAGCACAGUUCAGGCCAAAGUGUGCGACUGCACGGGGGAACAAGUGACCUGCAAAGGACGUGUGGCGGGGGGUACCGGCCUGCCCGUUAUCCUGGGUAUUCUGGGAGGAAUCCUUUUGCUUCUCUUGCUGCUGCUGCUACUGCUGCUGUUUGCAAGGCGGAGAAGGGGAGAAAAAAAGGAGCCUUUACUGCAGGAUGAUGACAUCAGAGACAACAUCUAUUACUAUGAUGAAGAGGGAGGAGGAGAGGAUGAUCAGGAUUAUGAUCUUGGUGUUCUCCACCAAGGACUGGAUAACCGGCCCGAGGUGUUCAGAAACGAUGUGAAGCCAAUCUUCCUUACGGCUCCGCAGUACCGACCUCGUCCUGCGAACCCGGAGGAAAUUGGCAACUUCAUUGAUGACAACCUGAAGGCUGCUGACAAUGAUCCUACAGCGCCCCCCUAUGACUCCCUGCUGGUGUUUGACUAUGAGGGAGGUGGCUCUGAUGCAGGAAGCCUGUCCUCUCUGAACUCAUCCCACAGCGGAGACCAGGACUACGACCACCUCGAUGACUGGGGGCCUCGCUUCAAAAAGCUCUCUGACAUGUUCAGGGGAGGAGAUGAUGACGACGACAUGCUGUAAAUGUACCAGAAGGCAAAAUGGAUGCAAGGAUGCACAAGAGAAUGAAUGGAUUGUGCCUCAAUGUGAGGUUCACGUAGGCAUGGACUGAUUAGUUUAAGCAUUGACAUUUAACUGCACAUUCAUGUUGGCAGUAACAGCCACUGCUCGAAAGCCAAAGGAGGCUUGCUGGAUUUUGUCUUGUAGUAAUUGGCCCGUUUGGAAUAGCAACACCUAGUUUCAGUUCCUUUUGGACAUCCAGGUUUGGUACUAAAGUCUUUUUUUGUUUGAUCGAUCGGUGUGUGUAAAAAGCCAUAUUGUCAAUACUGAAUUUUGAGCAGGUAUUUUUGCAAAAGACAGCAUGACCCUAGAAACAUGCAGAUGCACUGGUAAAAUCAAAAGUUGAUUGUGGCAAUAUAUUGUAUGUACUGCUUCAGUUGAAUUAGUUUUUUCAUUCUCACAUUUAGAUGACUCAAUUAUAUAUGACCAAGAUGGGAAAACUACUUUUUUUGUUUUACUUUGUAAUAUAACAAGCUGUUGCUUUGAAAGGUGUAUAUAUAUUAUAAACCUUUUGUUAAAUUUGGAUUUUUAUAAAGUUAUCUUAAAACAA